UUUUUCAGUGAUUACAAAUGUGCAGAGAUUAGGCUGCAGGUAAUUACAAACAUGCGGUAUUGUGAAGAUUCCAGUUUAUUCCACUACAAAUGGGAACAAGUGGCCCAGGCACUGUGGCUUAGAUAUCCCAAUCCAUCCAGUGGCCAUGUUCUCUCUGAAGAUACAAUAGCUAGAAGAGUUGAGAAUGGCAAGCUGCAUUCCACACGUGUGAUAGUGAAGACCAACCGGAUGCCCAAGUGGGCAGAGCGUAUUGUCACUGCUAGGAAAGUUGCUGUUGUUGAGCGCAGCACAAUUGAUCCUGCCAGCUGUACCAUAGAGACUGUAACCACCAAUGUUGGCCUCACAAAGUUCAUGACUUGCGUGGAGCAUGUGACGUACAGACCAUGUGACAAGGAGCCUGGAGCCACAGUCACUCAUCGCAAAGUCUGGAUCAACUCAAAAAUAUUUGGUUUGGGCUACGCAAUUCAGAAAUUCGGGGUCGAGCGCUACAAGAAGAAUAUAAACUUAACUGACCAAGGCUUGACAUAUGUACUAGCCAAACUUUUUCCUAAUCCUGCCAAUCAUGACUUGACUUCUUCUGUGGCUCAGGAUACUAAAACCAGACUGAUGGAGACCGCUCACCGCGCCAAGCUGCUACUGGACAAAGAGAAGACUCGUAUGGCGACAGCGUGUGGAGAGCCGAACGCAUAACAGCGGCAUAAUGGCCGUACAAAUCCCUGAUGAUGUUAGGCUUGUUAUGGCUGUUAGGGUAUAAUUCUGGCUGCUCAAAACCACCGGUGCUAUUGGCUUGCGUGUACUUACGUACACACACAUAGCUGCAUGUAACGUUACUGCACGGUACAUAUGCGUGUUCCGUGAUGGUACGGUACAAAGAUUUUAUGAAGAUAUCGCGAUCGUUGGAAUAUUGUGUACUUUAUUAUGGGUCAAACCAUUUCUCAUUCAACACAAUGAACUGACUUUCAUUAUGGGUCAAUUUUAAGUGAGAAUUUGAACAAUAAAAUGAUUUUCAUCUCUGAACAUAGUAUGUGUGUUCUGAUAAUGUAUGAUUAGUAUUGCAUAUUUGAAGCACGCUAAGGGAAAGUUUAUACAUUUAUUGAGGGAAGUAUUGGUCUAAAAAUGUAGAAGCUGGCUGCUGUCUAUCAGUUGACUAUUGUGCAUUCCCAGUUAUAUUUCAUUAUUAAAAUACUUGGAGUUUUUUGGAGGACUCUUAUUCCUUUAUUUUGUUGACGUUUAAUUUUUAACACUGUAUCCCUCGUUCAUUUAUACUAUUAUUCCUAUCUGUUUUUUGUAAACACAAGUCACGCGCGCUUACAGUUCCAUUUUAGUUGGAAACAAUUACCGUAGCACUCAUAAAUUGUUGACCUUAUUGUUAUUUUUAUCAUCUUCGUUUUUGGCAUCGUUUUAAACCAUAAGGUUUCGGUUCAUGUUUAUGUUAAACUCAUCCUCCUACCCUCACAUCAGUGGAUGGCCCUGAAAGUUUUUUCUUUAAACGCUACACUCGCUCAGUUGACAAAUAAUUAUACUGUAUGGACGUAUGGCUGACUCUAUUGUUUUAUUUCAAAUGAAGCCAUUCACCCGUCCAAGAAGAACCCCAAACCUUUUCCUUCCGGACCCUCUAAACUUUCGAGAUGUUGGAUAAUGAUUGUGUUGGUUACCUUGUAUACGUAAAACAUUGCAUUUACUGGUGUGCGAUUCUGUGGGUUUAGAUGUUUAUAUUUGACUCACAUUAUUUAUAACAUUUCAUUUACUGGUGUGCGAUUCCGUGGGUUCAGAUGUUUAUAUUUGACUCACAUUAUUUCUACUUUUGUGGACCAUUCAGACUUUAUUUCUUUGCUUUUGUAAAGUUUGAUUCUUUUCAUAUCAAACAUUUCCGUAAAACUUAUUCCUUCCCCAUUUUUAUGAAGGAUUUUUGUUAUUAUGUAAAAAAUGUUUCGUCCAUUCUAUCGUCCAAACAUAUUUUCUCCUGUUUGGGAAUCAAUCGAAUGUUGUGCAUUCACACCACUAAUCCUUGCAUAUCACAGAUAAGCAGCUCACUCUUACUGCCAAACGGAGUAUAGGUUUGUUAUCCAAUGAAUUAAGUGGAGAGUUGAAAAUCUGCAACCGAGACGCAAUUGCAAGGUGACUAGUUUAUACCGAGUGUGCCCUUAGUUAUUCGAAGACAAUAAUUAUAAUGCAUCAAAUCCUGAACUUGUAGUACGUUUCUCAACGACAGUUCUUGAUAGACAGGAAAAAUGUGUGGUGAUUUUGGGACGAUAUAGACAGGAAAAACUAAUCAUAUUUGGGCCCCCACUUUCAAAUUUUGGUGAUAUAUUAUACUGCUGGAUAUUCGAAUUUUGAGCUCCAAUUUGUUGUCUCUUCUAUUAUUGAUUUUUAUUUGUUCAAGGACUGUAUUUGUAUUAUUCUCAAGCGAUUUCUUGUGUAUCUUGCUUACCGUGGGAAAUUUGCUAAUGCGUAGAUUUGCUGCACGUGGGAGGAUAAUGCUCAUCAGCUUUCGAGUGUUGAAAAAUUGUAUAUGUACAAUUACACGGCAUACAGCUUUUUUCUAGGCUUGUAUCUUUAACGCUCGUUUUUUAUAGAAAUUUAGAUAUUGAUCUGGUUAUUUCACUCUUGUUCAAGUUCUAAACGCCAUUUUGAUUUUCGCGGUAUUCAUCAUCUUGUUUUUGUCUUGAUGAUACAUGUGUCAUUCAAACACGGGAGUAAUUGCAAUUUAUGCUUUCAAUUUUAUACAAUUACAGGUGCUCAUGAGUGGCUAUUUACUCUCAGUCGCUCGUUGUGAAAUUUCUCAACCAUUAUUAUGAAAAAAUUAUACUAAAUCUUGCAGAUCAGAAAUCGUUAUACUUGAAUAUUCUGUAUCUUUCGACUCCUAGAAUUAAUAAUUUGACCUUAGAAUUUAUACUUCACUUACCUGCCUUUAAGAUCAUGUUAAAAUGACCCGAGCUUUGUCAACCCUAGUCUCGAAGCAGAUUACAUAGUAAGUAACUUUCUUCAUUGAAUACAUUGUUAAUAUUGUUGUAUUGUU